AUGCCGCCUCAAAGUUCAUACAAGGCUCUGGAGGCUGCAUCUGAUACAAAAGAAGGAAAUGAAUCAACCCCAAAACAAAGCCUUCACAAGAACUGGCCAUUGAUAUCGGCUAUUAUCAUAUACUGCAUCUUUUCUCUUCAUGAUAUGGCUUACUCAGAGAUCUUCUCAUUAUGGGCUGUGACCCCCAGAAAGUUUGGAGGCUUAAGUUAUUCAACUGUUGAUGUUGGUGAAGUACUGUCGAUCUCAGGAUGUGGCCUUCUAGUCUUUCAACUAACUCUGUAUCCAUUGGUUGAGAAGUAUGUUGGCCCAAUCGCCAUUGCUCGAGCUGCAGGAGUUUUGUCAAUUCCGUUGUUGGCAUGUUACCCUUAUAUUGCUAUGCUCUCUGGGACCGCCCUCACUGUGGCAAUAAAUUUUGCAUCCUUGUUGAAGAAUGUUUUAUCU